AUGGCACGACAAGGUCUUCUGCUCUUGGCCUUCGUUGCCGUUGUUUCCUGCAUCCCUACUGACGAGUUAGUUUGACUUUGCUCGAUAAAUAGUUUCUUGGUUUGAACUCUGUUCAUAUUUCCAUUUUAGCAAGUCAACAAAUUCAUUAUAUCUAGAAAUCCAGAUAUUUUGAGAAUUGUCAGAAACUAGUGAAAAACCUGGAAGGCUUAUCCUAGGCAAGUUCUGGAUUCUGAGGGCAAGUACUCAAUGAAUCAAAGCUUUUCCCGGCAAAGUUCUCAAAAUAUCGAAGCACAAAUACAAUACCCUAAUUUCUCAGUUCUUAGGAAAAUAAAAAAAAUCAAUUAUUUUGAAAUGAAAAAAAAAACUACAGUCCUCACUGCUACGGCUUGGGAUGCGAAUCGAAGGAAGCUCUUCUGGAAAUCAUCAGCAAGCUCCAACAGGAGAAACACGCCGAAUACCAUGCUCCGCGGAAAAAUCCCGCUUUCAAAAGAGCGGCAACUGUGAAAAAAUUCCUCAACAAGAUCGGCAGCGAUUCCGCUGUGUCAGCGACUGCGGACUGCAACAUCUGCAGCGAUCCUACAAAGUGCAUCAACGGUGGAACAUGUGUGCCUGACCCCAAGGAUCCUUUCGGCUCAUACCAGUUAGUUUUCGCUAUUUCGAAACCCGUCGUUCUAAAACUUUGUUGCUCAAUAGUUUGAAAAAUGUCUGAAGUUAUUCGGUUGUUCCUUACGUCUUCCCACUUCAGACAGAAUUAUUAUCAUACGAGUUUCUUCAAAAUUACUUAUUUAGAUGAGUUUUUAUCAAUGUUUAUCUAAAAGUGUACGGCUCCGUGUUUGCAAUUAGAGUCCAGAUAGAAGAUAUUAUUCAUAUAUUCAAAUAGUUUUUUUAAAGUUUUGUAUACGUUUUCUGACUUUUUUAAUUAGGGAUUUAAAGGAGUUUCUCCGGCGUUUUCCAAGACACCCAACUUAUCAAAGUAUUCGAAUACCUCUGAAACCGCAUAUUCUUACGGCUGAAAUUGCUUUGCAGCUGCUUGUGCCCAGACAACACCACUGGCCAGAACUGCCAAACGGUCAUCGUUUGCAACCAAAACAGCUGCGGCAAAAAUGCGAGAUGUUUCGUGCAAAAUCAUCAACUCAACUGUGUUUGUAACCCUGGCUACAGUGGUACGUCUUGAAAAUCAACGUUCAUAAGUUUUCGAAAAAAAAAACUAUUUUUCAGGAUCCAAUCCGAAGACUACGGGAUGCGGCGCUAGGACAGUUCAGUCCUGCAUGAACGGAGAUCCGCACUACACCACAUUCGACGGUCUCUAUUUCAACUACCAAGGCCAGCAAUUCAUUUUUAUUUUUUCUCAUCAGAUAAUAUUUCAGGAACUUGUCCUUACGUUUUCUCCCAGCCUUGCACAAACCUUGUGGAGCCUUACGCUUAUUACUCGGUCCGCGCCAAAAACGAACUCUUAUCAACUGGGUCUAGGUGAAUAAACAUCGUUUUUCAAUUUUUCAAAGAAAUAAUUUCAGCGUUUCAUCAGUUUCUGAAAUCGAAGUUGACUUUUACAACCGGACGGUUCACAUCGACGGACGUUCGAAGUGGGUGAUGGUGGAUGGUCUGCAGGUUCGCCUCCCUUGGUACUAUCCUAGCAGUACCGAUCCGAAGGUUUGUCUUCCUUUUACUCCCGAGCUGCGAUCAGUGAGCGAGUUACAAAAAUUCUAAUCAGCUAGCUUAAAUGUGCUUAUCUGGUGCCAUUUUUCCAUUCAAGUUUUAAGUAUGGAAGAUUUCCUUUGUUUGCCCAAAAGGAAAAAUUUCGUCACGUAUAAAACGAACGUUAAGACGCUUAUAGUCCCUAUCACAAGACAUGAACGAGUGUCUUGGAAAAUAGAGCAAAGUUCGAAAUUUUCAGAUCACCAUCACAUACAAUGGAAACACUUUCUUCGUUUUCAACGAUCAAAACGUCAAAGUGACCUACACAAACACGUAUACCGUUUGCAUUCAGGUGAAAAAAAAGCGAAACCAGGAAAAUUAGUAUACUUAAUUUCAAUUUUUUGUGGCCAAAGUCUGAGAGUAUAACAUCAAAAAAAGUAGUCACUCCCAAAAAGUAACUGGUUACCAAAAAAAAAAAGCUUUCUAAAAAUCGGUUCAAAAAAUUUGAGAGCCGCUUCGAAUCGAACUUUAAGUGGUGAGAAAAUGGAUUUGAAAGUUUGUAUUAUAUCAAGAGCGAAACGGUAGAAUCACAGGAAAAUUGGCAGUUUUUAAAACUUUCCAUUACCUAUAAUUAUCUAGUUGGUUAUAUAUUUCAAUAACUCCUCUCUAGGAUUGUCUACUGUUAAAAUGUGCACCUUGUCUACACUGUAGAACCAAAAAGAUUUUUCGGUCAGAUUUUAGAUUAAACUGAAUAUUAAAGGUACCGGAUAUCCCUGAAUUCAGUGGUGAGAAAACACUUUGUGGAUUCGCGGGCAACAGAGAUGGAAACUGGAAUGACGACGUCGUGAACCGGUCGGUUCCGAAGAAAACCUGAAUUUAAAAAAAAUGAGAAAAGUUCGAGUCAAAAUUUAGAAAUCGAUAUAAUAACGUUUCUGGAUGAAAUGAUUCUUAUUAGUUAUCAAUCUGACUACUUUUACUAUGGACCAUCUGAAAAAUUUUCAGAAACGGCUCAGUGUACUUCAUCACCAAUGACCAUCAGCCACCUAAUGGAGCUGGCGCUACAGGUUUCCUUCAAACCCAGGUGAGCCGAAUAUUUUAUCAAAGCAAGGUUUUUCUAAUGCCAAAUAACAUUAUAGGACAGCUGGAUCACUGAUAACUUCUUAAAACUUCGCGAAGGUCAAGAGAUUUGCAUCACUGGCGAGAUCCUCAACAACAACACGCAAUGCGUGAAUAAACCAAAAAAAAAUUGGACCCCAUUCUUUAAAUUUUAGGACACCCAAAAAGCCGUAAUCGCAUGCAACCCGAUUUUGCAAGCUGAGAACAACCAGGGACCUUUCGCUGUCUGUAGCCAGCUUCCCAACGCAACAGUCACUGUAAAUAGUUCUCUAACUUCUAAUUAAAAUGAUAGACUUUAAAAAAAGAAAAAAAAAAGAAAAUAAGAGAAGAAUGACGUUACACGGGAUGACCCUAAAUAGUUGACAGUUACCCGGAAAUUAUGAUACAUUUACAAAGGUCGAGAUCAUCAUAGAAAGCUAGAACACGUAGAAGGUCAAGUUUUUCUUUCACGAGAAGGGUAUCCAGAGAUAUUGAAAUCAAAGACCCAAGUUAGUUUAAUGCAUUGAUGAAUAGUUUAAAACAAAGGAAGUAUAUGAGUAAAUGCGAAUAAUCUAAGAGAGUGAAAUAUAACAUUAAGGGAAUCUACAACGACUGCGUUUAUGACGUCUGUCGACACCCGGAACUUAUCUGUACUGCACUAUACGGCUUCGUCCAAGCUUGUCAAGCUGAACUCCCAUGUUAGUAAAAUUACUUUCCAAAACUGUUUUCUGAGAAUCCAUUGAUUUAGUAAUUUUUUUACGCUGUUUGCCAUCUCAAAAAUCUGUAUCAGAUCAGGCACAAAAAUUGCAUCAAAGCUGUCUACCUUCUUUUUGGUAUAGUCAAUGUUUCCCGACUUGAAAGGCAAAGGAGGCAGGCAAAGGGGCGGGACGCAUAGCGUGUGCGUUGCGGUCCUUGGCACGAGUUCAAUUCAAUUGUCGCCGACUAUUUAAAAAGCUCAGCAACCGCUCUUUUUCAAUGCUUUCUACUAUUUUUUGAUGCACACAUGGAUAUAAUCAAUAAAUAAUUGAAAAAGGAAUGAAAAAAAGCAAAAAACGGGCUUUUCAAAGAGUAGACGGCGGUUGAAUUGAACACGUGCCAAGAACCGCGAACGCACACGCUACGCGUCCCGCUCCUUGCCACGCCUCCCUCGCCUUUCAAGUCGGGAAACAUUGACUAUAAUCACUGUUUUUCAAGCUGAAAAAGUCAGGAAACUCAAAAAUAGUUCAAAAUAAACAGUACCGUCAACUCCAGGAAGUUUCGAGAAAGUUGAACUCCUUAACAGAAAGUUGUGCCCGAGUUUCUUUUUUUUCGUAGUUUUUUCUGACGUUACUGUAGCUAAUUCUGAAAAUUUUGUUCACUGUGAAAAGAAUAAAUUCACGCGUAACUUCAGGUAAAACUCAAAAAAAUAGCUCUUUGAAUCGAAAAACACAUCAAGCUUGUUAAUGAAUCCGCCAUAGAUUUCAGCAGAUCUAUACCUUCAAAAAAACUUCUCAGCAUUUUUCAACUUGAAAAUUUUCAAAUUUCAGUGGCGACCUUCCCGAACUGGAGAACAGACACGAAAUGCACGUUGGCCUGUCCGUUGAACUCUCACUACGAACCUUGCGCAAGCUCCUGUCCAGGGUCCUGCUACAAUCCAUUCCCAGCUGAUUGUGACCACGGUAUGAGAAAUUUCAACAAAAAUAUACCAACACAAAUGGAAUUUGAGGAUGUUCUGACAGCUGCGCCUGCGACCCAGGCUAUGUGGUGGACAAUACGGUGACUUCCGUUCUCCGAUGUAUUCCGAUUCAACAAUGUGGCUGCGUUGAUCAGUACGGAUACUCUCAUCCAGGUCAGCUUGUAUUAUAAAACUUAAAAAAUAAGCGUAGAGACAAUGUAAAAGAAUCCUCAUUUUUCAAAUUUUAAAACUGUUCUGCAUAGCUAAUCAUUACUAAGCAUUAAAAAGAUUUACCUUUUAUUAAUAAUCGGAACAUUUUCAGCCGGAACCCCAUGGAUUUCUGAUAACUGCACUAUUUGGCAUGAAUGCCAAAACGGCACUCUGUACAGCGAGGUAGAAGGGUUAAAAUUGUUGAUUGAAAAAAACUUUUUCUUUUCCAGUACCGUCCUUGCAGCCAGUACGGUGCUUGUGACAUCGUGGAUCUACAGCAGAAGUGUAACUGUCUGCCUGGAUUUUCCGGAAACGGAUACAACUGCACGGACAUCAACGAGUGUCUUGAUCCCGCCAGUUGCAGCGUCGACAAGAAACAAGGAACUUGCACCAACACAAUUGGUAGGAUUCGAAAAACGCAACAUCUUGAUAUAAAACCGAAGUAGCAUCCUAAUUCGUCCUUGUCAGAAAAAAAAACUGAUAAAAGUAAGAGACCAGUUAUCGUAAUUGUUUUAGAUGAGAAAGCCAUUAUGCAGAGAAAAUUUUGCAAGCCAAAAAACUCAAUCGAAAUUGGGGAAACCGCUUUUUUUUCUCCAAAAAUAUUGUUUUCAUGCUUUCAUUAGUUUUCAGAAAUUACUUUAAUGAAUAUAACCACAAAAAAACUGAAAAACUAAAAAAUCAUGCUUGUUAUUGUCCAUAGAGCGGAUUUGCUGCAUAUUUUUUUGAGAAAAAAAUUCAAGAAUAUUCACUACCGGAAUUUCCAAAAAAAUUCAUUUUUUUCAGGAUCAUAUAACUGCACUUGCAAUGAUUUCUACACCGGACGCAACUGUGAGCUCUAUAUGCCCAGGCGGCAUUGCGCGGAUCUGUACCGUUACUGGAAAUAUACUGCAAGCGGCGUCUACGAGUUGGAUUAGAAAGUAAAAAUUUUCAAAAUCUUUUUUCCAGCAUCAACCCUCCAUAUGUUGUUAAUGGUCAGCCUGCCUUCACCAACUAUACUGUUUAUUGCGACAUGGAGACCGGUAACUCUACAAUGCAAAAUUUAAACAUUCUAUAUUUUCACAGAUGGCGGUGGCUUCACUUUGAUGUCGUUCGAUGACGGAAGCGCUAACGUAAACAAAUCCUACCAACAAUAUGUGACAGGUUGGUUUCAAUCAAAGUUAACCUUUUUCCACGUGUCUUCAGGCUUCGGAGACCCUAAAACGCAAAAGCUCUGGCUUGGCUUGGAUUUGAUCCACGGCAUGACGACUUUAGGCGCUCACACGUUUUUUUUUUCAAGAUAAAAAAGUAGGUAGUAAAAGUUUGAAGGCUGCGAUUGGUACUUUUCCGCUGCGCCAAUAACGGCUUCCCCGAAAAAACAACUGACUGUACCUACGGAUCCUUCAAGGUUCUUGGAGCAGACACUCAGUACUCCGUCGUCAUUCCAAAGGUAUACUACUUUGAGAAGCUGUCCUGACUCAUCUGAGCGAUGAACUUUUGUAAUUAAGGCUUGCACGGGAACCGAAUCAGCGGCUAACUACUACCAAGACGGUUGGGCGCGAUGGAAUCUGAGUGGCGUUGGGCCAAAGUUCUCGACAUUUGACAAUGAAACUUCAAAAAGUACGAUUAUAAACUUGGAAAACUUCAAGAAAACUUGUGAUUCCAGAUUUCACUUGCUCGAAAACAUUCCAGAACACUGGAUUCUGGUUUGACAUCACUAUUCGCUGCGGAGCUGCUAACCUGAACGGAGUGAGAAGAUUCAAGUUUCCAAAGAGUCCUUGAUCUUUUUUUUUCAGGUGCGAUUCAGUUGUAAUAACAUCCCGACGGCCUAUGAGUCUUACCUGUCUUGGGCUGGAGAUCCACUUGGACAGGCGACUUUGUUGCUGCGACCGGCAGGAUACCCUAACUACUGA